AAGGCAGCACAUAAUCAAUGUAUCUGAGCAGCACCACACGCGUCGAUUGGCCACGUCGUCUGAGAAUUCGAAGUUCGUCGUCUUCCCAGGGCACCGUGCCUUCGCCGUCAUCGCGGUGAUCAUAUCGAUUUGGACGCUGGCUGUGCAGCGCGCCUCUUGCUGUUGACUAGCAUUGCAAGACCUACCUUUGUUUUGCGCAUACCGCUACGGCCGAUACACUCAUGGGGAACAUACAGGAAGCAACUUCGAAACCGGGCUACCAGAACGCAGAGGGUAUAGCACGCGAUGUUGCAGGAGAUCCCAACUGCUCGUCCAUUGGAAAUCAAGACCGCGGAGUAGACCCUCCUAGACCACCUGCGCUUGCGCACUAUAGAGAGGACGACCCCUCGCCAGCCACGCAGGAAUCCUUCGCGAAUGCGAGCGCAGCGACGCCCUCCCCUCCGGAACAGGAUCACUCAUCGGGGUCAAAGAGCGCGCCUACGGCCCAUUGUCAGCCCACGGCGACUGCUCACCGAGACGAGACUCCGCGCUUCUUCGGACUUCCAAAGUAUCCUGCGACCCCACCUGGGAAAGGCGGAAUCGGCGACUACCGAGAUAUGUAUCCCGAGGACGCGUAUGGCGCCGAGCUUGGAGAGAACGCGCGCGUCUGGCGCGUCUAUCUCGACGAGAGCGGUCAAUUUGAUGACGACAUGAUCAGAGGGUUUAGAGACACCCUCGACGUGCACCUCGUCUUCGCCGCCUUGUUUUCCGCCGUCGUUACUACCUUCGUGGUCCAGACCUCACAGUCGCUGCAGCCUGACUACGGGCGUACCACGUCGGCCAUCUUGCUCGAGCUGGUCGCCUUGCAGCGGGCGCGUUCUCCCGAUGAUGUACCCUCUGCAAAAGUCACUCUGGACACGCUCUCUGUCUCUACUAGCGACGUAUGGGUCAACGCCCUGUGGUUCACCACACUUGGACUCUCGCUUUCUACGGUCCUCAUCGCGGUUCUCGUCAAGCAAUGGCUGCAAGAGUAUAUUAAGACGCCCCCUGGACCUCCUCGAGACCGCGCGUUGAUACGCCAUAUGCGCUACAAGGAGCUACUGAGAUGGAAGAUUCCUCUCAUCAUCAACCUCAUUCCCGUGCUGCUUCAUGUCUCGCUCGCUCUAUUCCUGGCCGGCCUCAUCGUGUUUCUCUCAAAGCUCUCCCUCCCUGUCACAUGCCUUGUCUCGGUGCUGACCGGCGCGACAUAUAUCUUCUAUGUCACGACGCACGUCCUGGGUUCCCUUCACUGGGAAUGCCCUUACCGUACUCCUGUUACUCUUGCAAUUCGAAGUGCUGCGCUACGUGUAUCGAGAAUCUUCGUCACGACUUUCCGGAGGCUCCUGGUGAAAAUUCGAAUAUACCCGGCCAGGCUUGAGGCUGACUCGCCGCGGGAGACACCUGCUCGGCCACCGUUGAACUCGACGCAGGGCGAAGCGGCAAUAACUCGCGUGCAUGAAGGACGACUACACCAACGAGCCCAAGAUCUGAUGGCUGAAAGCAUGAGCUGGUUACACAGUAAUGCUAUCAACCUCUCCGCGCAGAGCGUCAUUGCGGCGGCAUGUGCCGGCUUGGGCUCUCCUUUGUCCUACUCGCGCAGGGGUUCGUCGCACAUGGGCGACUCGUCCACUCGUCUUGAUCUACGCUCUUUAUUGAUCAAGGAUAUACACGACUGCAUUCAGAAAGGCAGCUUUGGGGACGAACGUGAUUGCCUCGCCCUCGAGAAGGCAACUCGAGGAUUAUUGAGCGUCACCUGGGAUCCGCAGAACUGGACAUCUUCUCGCCCAUCUGCCGAUUCCCUUUCUAAGUUGCUCUCGGUAAACGAAGAACAAUGGCGUACCGUUGUGCAGUCUCUGGAUCCUAGGAUCGCUAUGGAUGGAGGAAAACAGCAAUUGGCUCUUAUCACUCGACGCAUACUCCCUUUCAUCGUCUUCUCCCCUGAGAUAUCGAGCAAAGCACGGAAGGAUCCUGUUUUGGUCUCUCAGACUAGGCAGUUCAUCAUGAACCCGAACACGAAGCUAGUACCGAUGAGCUGGCAUCUACUGCUGGACUGGUCGUGCGAUCGGUUUGCUCGCGCGCGUGCCUUUCUCCCAGAUUGCCCGCCCAUCCUUUUUUCUUUCGGUGGCAAUGUCGAUGAUAUGCCACCUGCAGAGAGAGAUGCUGUUCAGCAGUGGCUCGACGAUGUGCUUUACCUCGUGCACGUUUGCUGCAUUCCCGCGCGCGGAUCGUACCGGCCUUGCGAAGAACCGGCCACUCUGCGUGUCGCCUGCACCUACCAUGUCAAUGUGAAGCAUCGCUUGGCUCAGCACCUUCGCUUCGUUCUUAUGGCCAAUAAAAGCUGGGCCGAAGCGCUGACAAUCCUUGUGACUUGUCUCGAGCGAGGGAAGAGGACUAUACCGCGGUGGCUCCGGAGGUUACUCUGGAAUCAGCUGGAAAUAUCCGCUUCCCAAUUUCACGCCAACAUCAACGACUUGCAGCGCAGACACGGGGGCAAUCCGAGAUUGCUGAAUGACGUUUCGGCAUCUGCUAUGAUCCGACAGAGGGUGGAGGAGUUCUGCAGCAUUACGCUGCUACACCAAACGUUCUGCGCGCACACCAAGUCGUCUGAGCGAGACAUGUGGUGUAGGCCAUCCCUCACAAGAGGGAUAGUGCUCAAGCAACCGAACGUGCUGGAACUCCCUCUGUGCGGGGCCGCAAUGAUUUUGCAUCUUGCUACGCGGUUAUACUCUGCUGGGACAUAUGAUCCGCUCGAAAGCGCUUUUCCCCUCCUCGCGCCCGCGCUCCUUCGCUAUAUCCAGAAUGCGCGCCCUAUCGAGAUACAAAACCUGAUACCCGACGUCACGCAGCGCCUCAUGUAUGCAGCUUUCCAUAUCCACUUUGUCGGAAGCAGCGCGCUCCAGCCCUUCCUUCACGAGAGCACAAUCUUGAUGCUGGUUGACCACUGGCCGACAUAUCCUGCACUCUCCCGUAGAUACGAGGCAUACUUCCGCGAGAUUUACCGGAGGACACGAGAUAAUCCCUUCUGGCAUGAUGCCUACAGGAACUCGGUUUCACGUUGUCAUCAAAUGGGGGCAGAAAGCGGGCCACAAUCUCACACUAUAGAAGAGUACGCGAAGGUGCGAAGAUUGGCAAGGAUUAUGGAUGCCGACAAGUGGGUGAAUGACUGUGACGGACACGAUCUUUACCUUCCUGUCACUGUCGCCUGGAUGCUGGACCAUGGCAUAGCACCCCUCUCCUAUGCCGGCAAUCGCAUUUACGGGCCAUACUCCAUUUCAUACCUCGUUGUCGACUCGCAAGCUGAUCUACUACAAGGUCAUACAGCGGAUGACAGUGAUGGCUCGGUAGCCCGCAAACGGACUUCAUGGAGGCAAAUGUUGGGGAUUAUCGAACCUAGGGCUACAGUCUGGUGGUCAACUCGAGCAGCACGCCGACAGCAUCCAUACUACCUAUCCCGCACUCCGAAGAUCUCUCCGGAUGAGCUGGUCUAACGUACUCAACUGUGGUCGUCUCUAGGUCAUCUUCGAAUGCAAUACAUGUAUGCAGCUAUUCGUAAGCGCGACUGUGGAAGUAUACUCGUACAUUGCGGGCAAGCGCCAUAGCUAUGAAGGGAGGGUGAAAACGCAAGGAUGUGAGGUGGACAGCGGCUCAUAUUACAACUCAAGUAUCCGAAGGGAGUUGGGAAUGGUAAAGUGAUACAACGUUCGCGCCAUGUGAAUUCGUGACCAUGCCCACUGCGCCCAGCCUCGUCAACCACUAUGAUUCUACUGUCCUAUCCUCAAACUCGCCGCGCCCAUCUCAAUGCUGCGUAUUCGUCUUCGCUGUCAUCACCGCGAACUCUGAGUCCAGGUCCGAGGCGCUUCGCGAGUUCAUAAAACUCUUGCUGAUAAGCGGCGGUCCCUUCUUGCCAUCUCGCCGGCCCUUCUUGCCG